AUGCGUUUGGACAUUAAUAAAUAUUUACUGGUUUUUAUUGGAUGGUUAAUUCGUACUAGUUAUCAACUUGAAUGUGUUCAAUGCACAAGUCCAGUCCGACGUGUUACACAAAACUGGGAUCAUUCAUGUUUAGAUGGUACUUUAACGUCAGUAUCAUGUCAAGAACCACCUAAUGAAUCAAACUCAUCCUUUAGACAAUGUGUAUCGGCAGCUUAUAGAAUAGGUUCACAAAAAAGUUCAAACAUAUUUGUUUAUCGUGGUUGUUCAAAAAGUCAUAUAGCUCAACAUGAAUGUGAUCCAGCCAAUUCAACAACAGAUAUAGAUAGCCUAUUGAACUUUUAUUGUAGUUAUACAUGUUUAGGUAAUGGUUGUAAUCGACAUUCAUAUAAAGAAAUAACAUCAAAUGCUAAUCAAUUAAUUAAAAUUCAAUUUAUUUUAUUAUUUAUUAUAUGUACUAUAUUUUUGCUUUAUUUCUAA